AUGGUUUCAAGCAUUAAUAAGCAAAGUAUUGAUUUGAAUGUUGAAUCGUCAACACAAUCCGUCUCUGAAACUCAUUCAACACAUGGUGUUGAAGGGUUAGCAAAAGUGGUUCUACACAGUGAAGAGGAACCAAGCCAAAAAAAUAAACUUAAAUGGAGCAAGGAAGCAAAUAUACUUCUGAUAAGUGCAUGGCUUAAUACAUCUAAGGAUGCUGUCGUGGGAACUGACCAAACUUCUGCAAAUUUUUGGGGUCGGAUCGUAAAUUACUUCAACACCCACUACAAAGAUGAUCAACAAAGAACUGGAAAGCAAUGCAAAGACCAUUGGAACAAGAUAAAUCAAAAGGUGACACGUUUCAAUGGGUGUUACAAGCAAGUACAACAAGCACAUCACAGUGGUUGGUCUGAUGACCGAAUUAUUGAGAAUGCACAUGAGAUGUACAAGUCUGAAAAUAACAAUUCAAAUUUUCAACUUGUAGACAAUUGGAGAUUUUUAAAAGAUGAGCCGAAAUAG